UCCAUGAGUGUUGUCAACAUGAAAUGAGCUGACAAUGGCUAAAAUGUUUGCUUUUUUAAUGUAGACCCGGGAAUCUAUGCUCACUGUACAGCUAUGUUUUUUGGAGCUGCAGGAGAACACUUCAAGACGACUGUACUGCGAUAGUGGAUGAAUCGAAGGGAAAUUGAAAUUGAAAUCUUCUCUUCAGCUAACUUAGCAUUCAGCUGUCGGAAGCCACCACCACAGACAGCCUGGUAGUUGUUUGUCACUAGUGGUUGGACAUUUGAAAACAUCCUUUACGCUAACCACUGAACUGAAGUGGUUGUAUCUUUGAUAGAAUUGUGUUCUUUAUCCUUGCUGCAACAAUAUAUCUCAAGGAAAGGAGUGUGCCAUAAAUCGUCUAAGAUGGUUCUACAAAACAGUGGAAGGUACAGAUCAGAGAGAGGAGGAGGAGGAGACCAGGAAAACCAACAAGAUGACAUGUCAGGACAGUCGGCCGCCAAGCGGAUUGAGCGCAGUCAGUUCACCGACGAGAUGGACGCUCGAUUCGGCUUUGACAGGAUGAAGGAACCCGGAGAGAAGACGGGCUGGCUGAUCAACAUGCACCCGACAGAGAUAUUGGACGAUGACAAGCGGAUGAUAAGUGCUGUUGAUUAUUACUUCAUUCAGGAGGAUGGAAGCAGGUUUAAGGUUGCCCUGCCAUUCAAGCCUUACUUCUAUGUUGCCGUUCGAAAGAACUGCGAGCGAGAAGUCAUCUCAUACCUGUCAAAGAAGUUUCAGGGGAAAAUAGCCAAGCUGGAAGUCUGUCCCAAAGAGGACUUGGACCUGGCAAACCAUCUGGUGGGCCUGAAGCGAAAUUAUAUCAAGCUGUCGUUCAGCACAGUGGACGAUCUGAUUAAAGUCAAGAGAGAAAUAUCUCCAGCUGUUCGCAAGAAUCGAGAAAGGGAGAAGUCCAACGAGGCCUACACGAGCAUGUUGUCCAGUGCGUUGGCUGGAGGAAAUGUGAUGGCCGGGGAAGAGGACGGGCCGUCUAAGAAGAUGUCCGAUCAGAUGGACAACAUCGUGGACAUGAGGGAGUAUGACGUGCCCUACCACGUCCGCCUCUCCAUCGACCUGCAGAUCCAUGUGGCUCACUGGUACAAUGUGCGGUACCGAGGCAGCGCCUACCCUCCUGAGAUCGUACGGAGGGACGACCUUGUGGAACGUCCAGAUCCAGUUGUGCUGGCGUUUGACAUCGAGACGACCAAGCUGCCCCUCAAGUUCCCAGAUGCAGAGUCAGACCAGAUCAUGAUGAUCUCCUACAUGAUCGAUGGACAGGGCUUUCUCAUUACGAACAGAGAGAUUGUCUCAGAGGACAUCGAGGACUUUGAGUUCACCCCCAAACCAGAGUAUGAGGGGCCCUUCACAGUCUUCAAUGAGCCUGACGAAGCUGCUUUGAUUCAGAGGUUUUUUGAGCAUGUCCAUGAGACGCAGCCCAACAUCUUUGUCACCUACAACGGAGACUUCUUUGACUGGCCCUUUGUGGAGACGCGUGCCGCACACCACGGUCUGAGCAUGCACCAACAGAUAGGCUUCCAGAAGGACAGCCAGGGAGAGUACAAGUCCAGCCAAGCCAUCCACAUGGACUGCCUCAGGUGGGUGAAGAGAGACAGCUACCUGCCUGUGGGCAGUCACAACCUGAAGGCGGCGGCGAAGGCCAAGCUGAGCUAUGACCCGGUAGAGCUGGACCCGGAGGAGAUGUGCCGCAUGGCCACCGAGGAACCACAGACGCUGGCGACAUACUCUGUAUCAGAUGCCGUGGCCACAUAUUACCUCUACAUGAAAUACGUCCAUCCAUUCAUCUUCGCCCUCUGCACCAUCAUCCCAAUGGAACCCGAUGAGGUUCUCCGCAAGGGCUCUGGAACGCUGUGCGAAGCCUUGCUGAUGGUGCAGGCCUUCCACGCCAACAUCGUGUUCCCCAACAAGCAGGAGCAGGUCUUCAACAAGCUGACGGACGACGGCCACGUCAUGGACUCGGAGACGUACGUGGGGGGCCACGUGGAGGCCCUGGAGUCCGGCGUCUUCCGAAGCGACAUCCCAUGCCGAUUUAAAAUGAACCCGGCAGCGUUUGACUUUCUCCUUCAGAGGGUUGAGAGAACUCUUCGUCAUGCUAUCGAGGAAGAGGAGAAUAUUCCGUUAGAGCAAGUCACAAACUUUAACGAGGUGUGUGAUGAGAUCAAAAAGAAGUUGAUCUCCCUCAAAGAAGUUCCCAACAGAAUCGAAUGCCCUCUCAUCUACCAUCUUGACGUGGGGGCUAUGUACCCCAACAUCAUCUUGACAAAUCGGCUGCAGCCCUCUGCCAUGGUGGACGAGGCGACCUGUGCGGCCUGUGACUUCAACAAGCCGGGAGCUACCUGUCAGAGGAGGAUGACGUGGCAGUGGAGAGGAGAGAUCAUGCCAGCGAGUCGGAGUGAGUUUCAUCGUAUCCAGCAGCAGCUGGAGUCUGAGAAGUUCCCUCCUCUCUUCCCCAACGGCCGCCCGCGAGCCUUCCACCAGCUCGACCGAGAGGAGCAGGCCCGACACGAGAAGAAACGUCUCGGCGACUACUGCAGGAGGGCCUAUAAGAAGGUGCAUGUGACGCGGCUGGAGGAGCGAGUGACCACCAUCUGUCAGAGGGAGAACUCCUUCUACGUGGACACGGUCCGAGCCUUCAGAGAUCGCCGAUACGAGUUUAAGGGACUACACAAGGUGUGGAAGAAGAAGUUGUCCCAGGCUCAGGAUAACGGGGACGCCGCGGAGGUGAAGCGCUGCAAGAAUAUGGAGAUCCUCUACGAGUCCCUGCAGCUGGCCCACAAGUGCAUCCUCAACUCCUUCUAUGGCUACGUCAUGAGGAAAGGGGCUCGCUGGUACUCCAUGGAGAUGGCGGGCAUCGUGUGUUACACUGGAGCCAACAUCAUCACCCAGGCCAGGGAGCUCAUCGAACAGAUCGGGAGACCUUUGGAGUUGGACACAGACGGUAUUUGGUGCGUGCUUCCCAACUCGUUCCCUGAGAACUUUGUCGUCAAAUCCACCCACGAGAAGAAACCAAAAGUCACCAUCUCCUACCCAGGAGCCAUGCUCAACAUCCUGGUUAAGGAGGGCUUCACCAACCACCAGUACCAGGAGCUGGUGGACCCAGCCAACCUAACGUACGAGACUCGAUCGGAGAACAGCAUCUUCUUCGAGGUGGACGGGCCUUACCUGGCCAUGAUCCUGCCAGCCUCCAAAGAGGAGGGCAAGAAACUGAAAAAGAGGUAUGCAGUGUUUAACGAAGAUGGCUCGCUGGCCGAGCUGAAGGGUUUCGAGGUGAAGCGUAGAGGGGAGCUGCAGCUCAUUAAGAUCUUCCAGUCCUCCGUGUUCGAGGCCUUCCUCAAGGGAACCACCCUGGAGGAGGUCUACGCAUCCGUCGCCAAGGUCGCCGACUACUGGCUGGACGUGCUCUACAGCAAGGCUGCUAACAUGCCGGACUCGGAGCUGUUUGAGCUGAUUGCGGAGAACCGAUCCAUGUCCCGUCGCCUGGAGGACUACGGGGAGCAGAAGUCCACCUCCAUCAGCACCGCCAAGCGCCUGGCCGAGUUCCUAGGCGACCAGAUGGUGAAGGACGCAGGCCUCAGCUGUCGAUACGUCAUCUCACGCAAACCUGAAGGCUCACCCGUCACAGAGAGGGCCAUACCUUUAGCCAUCUUCCAGGCAGAGCCUAGCGUCACAAAGCACUACUUGCGCAAAUGGCUGAAGAUGCCCAGUCUCCAUGACAUGGACAUCAGAUCGAUCCUGGACUGGAACUACUACAUUGAGCGUCUGGGCAGUGCUAUCCAGAAGAUCAUCACCAUCCCGGCGGCCCUGCAGCAGGUGAAGAACCCCGUGCCCCGCGUGCGGCACCCCGACUGGCUCCACAAGAAGCUGCUGGAGAAGAACGACAUCUACAAGCAGAAGAAGAUCAACGAGCUCUUCACCAGCGAGGGCAAGAAACAGGUGGCCCAGAUGAAUGAGGAGGCUAGAGGAGAGGCGGCGGACAUCGAGGACUUCGGGAAGCCUCCGCGCCCCCUGCAGCCCGCCAUCCUCAUCAGCACCAAGCGCAAGCGGGCGUCCCAGGGGGGCGGGGAGGACAGCCAGGCCCAGGAGUCCCAGGAGAUGGAGCUCACACAGUCCUGGAGGGAGAUACUGGGACCACCACCACCCAAAGGCCCAUCCAAGGAGGAGAUGCUGUUGUGGCUUCGCUACCACAAGAAGAAGUGGGAGCUGCAGCUGCGUCAGCGUAAGGAGCGCAGGAAGAGGAGGCGGCUAGUGGACGGCGAGCCGCAGCCCGCGGGCGGGGGCGUCAUCCGGGACGGGCCCACCACCGCGCUCGGGAACUUCCUGCGCAAGACGGCACGCAGCAUCCUGGACAUGCCCUGGCAGAUCAUACAGAUUGCAGAGAGCAGUCACCCAGGUCUGUUUAAGCUGUGGGCGGUGAUUGGGAGUGACCUGCACUGCAUGAAGCUCACCAUCCCCAGAGUAUUCUAUGUCAACCAGAGGGUUCCCAAGCAGGACGAAGGACCCACAUAUCGCAAGGUGAACCGCAUCCUGCCGCGCUCCAACAUGGUGUACUACCUGUACCAGUACACGGUGCCUGAGGACAUGUACCAGGAGCACAUCAACGAGAUCAACGCAGACCUCUCCGCCCCAGACAUCGAGGGAGUCUACGAGACCCAGGUGCCUCUGCUGUUCCGUGCUCUGGUCCAGCUGGGCUGCAUGUGCAUGGUCAACAAGCAGGCGGUGCGCGACCUGGCCGGACGAGAGGCCGACACCUUCGACCUGGAACACCUGGACAUGAGGUCACUUGCCCAGUUCAGCUACCUGGAGCCAGGCAGCGUGCGUCACAUUUACCUGUACCACCACAGCCAAGGACACAAGGCUCUGUUCGGCCUCUUCAUUCCUUCACAGCGCAAGGCCAGCGUGUUUGUCCUGGACACGGUGCGUAGUAACCAGAUGCCCAACCUGAGCUCACUGUACGGCGGGGAGCGCACAGCGCUGCUGGAGAAGACCACGGAGGAGCUGCUGCCGCCGGAGAAGCACCAGUUCGAGGUGCGCGCCGAGAACGACGUCAAGGCCAUCUACAGGGCCAUACAGCGCACCCUGCUCAACUACAAGGAGGAGCGCCGUGGUCCGACUCUGAUCGCAGUGCAGUCCAACUGGGACAUGAAGCGUCUGGCUGCAGGCAUGGGGGUCCUCGAGGAGUUUCCCGUGGUGCCCGUGCACGUGCCCGACGAGAUCAGCUACAACGUGCUGGACUGGCAGCGUCACGGGGCCCGCCGCAUGAUCCGACACUACCUGAACCUGGACAGCUGCCUCUCCCAGGCCUUCGACAUGGCCAGAUACUACCACCUGCCGGUGGGCAACCUGCCUCAGGACGUGUCCAUCUUCGGCUCGGACCUGUUCCUGGCGCGUCACCUGCGCAAGCACAACCACCUGCUGUGGCUGUCCCCCACCGCCCGGCCCGACCUGGGGGGCAAGGAGGCCGACGACAGCCGCCUCGUCAUGGACACAGACGACCGCGUCUCCGUGGAGAUCAACAGCCAGGGCUGCUACUCCACAGUGUGUGUGGAGUUGGACAUCCAGAGCCUGGCGGUGAACACCAUCCUGCAGUCGCAGCACGUCAACGACAUGGAGGGCGGAGCCAGCAUGGGCGUGAGCUUCGACGUCAUCCAGCACGCCUCUCUGGAGGACAUGAUGACGGGAAACCAGGCCGCCAACGCCGUGGCCAGCUACGACGAGACCGCACUCUGCUCUAACACCUUCAGGAUCCUGAAGAGCAUGGUGGUGGGCUGGGUGCGGGAGAUCACGCAGUACCACAACGUGUACGCUGAUAACCAGGUGAUGCACUUCUACCGCUGGCUGCGCUCUCCAAGCUCCCUGCUGUACGACCCGGCUCUGCACCGCACUCUCAACAACAUGAUGAAGAAGAUCUUCCUGCAGUUGGUAGCUGAGUUCAAGCGUCUGGGCUCUUCUGUUAUCUAUGGCAACUUCAAUCGCAUCAUCCUCAGCACCAAGAAACGACGAAUAGAUGACGCCAUCGCUUAUGUUGAGUACAUCACCAACAGCAUCCACUCCCGUGAGAUCUUCCACUCCCUCUCCCUCACCUUCUCCCGCUGCUGGGAGUUCCUGCUGUGGAUGGAUCCCGCCAACCACGGAGGGGUGAAGGGCAAACUCCCCUCCAGCAUCCUCUAUGGAGAGGAUGACACGGGCAAGAAGAAGAAAAAGCAGAAGGCGUCCGGCUCUGACGGGGAGAGUAGCGAGGAGGAGGAGGAGGAAGAUGAGGUGGCGGGUCGCGAGGAGGAGGAGGGCGACGGGGAGGGUGAGGUUGAGGACAUGAUCGAGAGCAACUGGAACAUAAUGCAGUACCUCCCCCAGACCGCCUCCUGCCAGAAGUACUUCCUCAUGAUCAUCUCUGCCUACAUUGCAGCUGUGUACCACAGCAUGAGGGAGGAGCUAAGACGGAAUGUUCCAGGAGCCACGCCCAUCAAGAGGCGGGGCGGAAGCCAGGCUUCCCAGCAGCAAGCAGGGGACAGCACCUCUCUGCCAGGCAUGAUCACCUUCUCUCAGGAGUACGUCUCUGGCGAGAUGACCCAGAACUUCUUCACCAUCACCCAGAAGAUCCAGAAGAAGGUGACGGGCACGCGCAACAUGACGCUGCCCUCGGAGAUGUUCCCCGUGCUGCCCGGAUCCCAUCUGCCCCUCAACAACCCCGGCCUGGAGUUCAUCAAAUACGUCUGCCAGGUGUUGUCGCUGGAUGCCAACAUUGUGAACCAGGUGAACAAGCUGAAGAGGGAUCUGCUGCGGCUGGUGGACGUGGGCGAGUUCUCGGAGGACGCCCAGUUCCGCGACCCCUGCCGCUCCUACAUCCUGCCAGAGGUCAUCUGCCACUUCUGCAACUUCUGCCGAGACCUCGACCUGUGCAAGGACCCCUCUGUGGCACAGGAUGGCACUGUUCUGCCCCAGUGGUUCUGCUCCAACUGCCAGGCCCAGUAUGAGACGGACUCCAUUGAGAUGGCGCUGGUGGAGGCCCUGCAGAAGAAGAUGAUGAGCUACACGCUACAAGACCUGGAGUGCUCCAAGUGCAAAGGGGUGAAGGAGGCCAACAUGCCGCUCUACUGCAAAUGUGCUGGAGACUUCAGCCUCACCUUCUCCACCAAGAACUUCUCAGAGCAGAUCAGGGUGUUCCGGAACAUCGCGGGUCAUUACAAGAUGGCCUUCCUGCAGGAGACCAUUGAUUGGCUGGUGCACAUGAGUCCUCAGUUGGCCUGAGGUGGCAAGACCACCAGGAAUGGAAACGUUCAUGCAGGGCUGGAUUGGCCAUAAGGCACGCAGGGCAUUUGCCUGGUGGACUGGUGAUGAUUUUGGCCUGGUCCUCCCCUCAAUGCAGUGGUAUCAGUCCUCAUGCCGCUACAGCUGACCUCUCGGCUUCUGAUUGACAUAUUCGUUUUGGCUGUUGGGGACAAAAUGGCUCGUAAUACUACUUUAGAGGACUAGAUUUGUUGUCACAGGCUUCAUUGUGUCUCUCAAUGCCUCGUGGACCGGUCUUGGCUGAAAAUGCCCAGCCUGUUUUUUUUCCUCCCAGUCCAGAGCCCUGCGUUCAUGUUUUGACACAAACAACCUUAACCCUUGACACAACCUUGACACCAUCGCUGUCUGAUCUUUGCAGACUUUAUUGUGCAGUCUGUAUGUAUUUUCAUCACGAAAGGAAAUUGUAAAUAACGGAAAUGUAGCUUUUAGAUAUUGGUUUGAUUAGAUUGUGUGGUAAUCAAGGUCUUUUUUCCCCAUGUAUGUUGUUAAUAAAUAAAUAUUUUUGCAGUAUUUAUAAA